AUGCCGCUCUUCUUCCGUAAGAAGAAACCUAGUGACGAUGCUCGAAAGCGCCUUGAAUACCAAAUGUGCCUGGCGAAAGAAGCUGGUGCUGAUGACGUUCUUGACAUAUCCAAAUGUGAGCUCUCAGAGGUUCCUUAUGGGGCCUUUGCAACUUGUAAAGUCUUGCAAAAAAAGGUGCUGAUUAUUCAUACGAAUAAUCUGACAUCUUUAGUUCCAAAGUCUUGCAGCCUCUUGAGUCUCAUAACUGUGAAGGUCCUAAACCUUGAAAGGAAUCUUAUAAAAUGUCUUCCACAAUCUAUAGGAGACCUUGCCCAGCUCCAGAUGCUCAGUGUGAAAGGUAACAAGCUGAAGGAGCUGCCUGCUACCGUGAGCGGCUUGCGGAGUUUGCGCACUCUGGAUAUCAGUGAGAACGUGCUGCAAGAGCUGCCGCGGGUGCUGGCCCACAUCCGCACGCUGGAGACGCUGACCUUGGAUGCUGCUUCCAUGACCUACCCAUCACCUGAUAUUUGCAGUGCAGGUACAGAGUCCAUUCAGCAGUUCCUCUGCAAAGAGUGUGGAAUUGCUUAUUACCCUCCCUCGCAGUAUCUACUCCCCGUGCUGGAGAGUGAUGGAGGAGGAACAUCAGUGGAUGGGGUGGACAAGGCAGUGCAUAAGUACUUGGAGGAGGAGAGCAAGUGGCAGAACAGAUUCUUGGAUUAUGAGAAGAGGAAGGAAAAAAAAAUGCAGGAGAAGCUGGAAUUUGAGCGGCGCCUGAACGUGGGGCAAAGAGAACAUGCUCUGCUUGUGCAGCAGAUCAACAGUCAGAAGGAUGAGAUACUGCAGACAGUGAGAGAGGACCAGAUGAGGCUGGAGAAGGGUCUGACAAAGCACCAGCGCUAUUUGGAAGACGAGCGCCAGAAGCUGCUGCAGCAGCUGAAGCAAGCGGAGCAGGGCAUUGCCAGCCGUAUCCAGAAGCUGCUGGAGGACAACCAGAGGCAAAAACAAAGUUCAGACAUUCUGAAAUCCCUGGAGAAUGAGAGAAUCAGGAUGGAACAGCUGAUGGCAAUAACACAGGAGGAGACGGAGCAUCUACGCAGAAGGGAAGUGGCCUCUGCCAUGCAGCAAAUGCUGGCUGAGACCUACAAGAACAAGCUCAUCCAAAUGACCUACGAGUCUCGUCGGCAAGACCUUGUCAACCAGGCCUGCUCCAGCCUAGCUGAGAUGGACCAGAAGUUCCAGCAAAUCCUGGCUUGGCAACAGCUGGAUCAGAACAAGGCUGUCAGCCAGAUCUUGCAGCAGAUUGAGAUGCAGAAAGCUGCCUUUGAAGCUCUCCAAGUGAAGAAGGAUCUUAUGCACAGGCAGAUCAGGAACCAGAUUAAAUUAAUAGAAACAGAGUUAUUGCAGUUGACACAGCUGGAGUUAAAGAGGCAAGAACUGGACACAGAGACGCUGCAGGGCGUGAUCACAGAGCAACGCCAAGCACUCGGCUCCUUGCGGCAGCAGCUGCUCAAAGAAAAGAAGCAAAGGGAAGAAGAACUGCAACAAAUCCUGCUGGAAAUGGAGGCAAAGAGCGAAACCAAACAGGAGAACUACUGGCUGAUCCAGUACCAAGCGAAGUCUGGGAGCUCGCCUUGUGUUUUGCAGGAGGAGGGCUUGGAGCGGCAGCUGGUGAACCUUCUGAUCGAGCUGUCCGCUGAACAGUACGUGCCAGUCUUUGCACACCAUCGAGUAUCCCUGCAAGCGCUCAGCACCAUGACUGCCAGUGACCUGGAAAAGAUUGGCGUGACGGAGGCCGGCCUGCAGCGUGCCAUCCUCAGGAGAGCUCAGGAGAUCCUGGCUGUGGCCAAGACGAUCCCAGAGCUGCUGAGGACGGCGGACGCCGAGGUCCCCGUGGCACUGGAACCCAGUGCUCCCUUCGAGGAGGCUCCGAGCCCCAUGGUCCCGACGGCUCCUGUGCUGCAGUGGGGUGAGAAGAAGUCGGAGUGCGUUGUCUGCAUGGAGCAGGAGGCCCAGACGAUUUUCCUGCCCUGUGGCCACGUCUGCUGCUGCCAGAGCUGCUGCGAGCGGCGGGCACGCUUGUCCCUGUGCCGCAAGGACAUCGCGCAGCGCGUCCGCAUCUUCCACAGCGGCCAAGGAGGGGGGGGGCUGCCCGGCGCCGUCUCCGUCACCCCUUCCCAGGGCGAUGGGGCUCUCCUACUCCGUGUCACAGUUACAGACACUCGCAGAGCAUGA